AAGUACAUAAAGUGGUAUAUUCAAAUAACAUAAAAUCUCCAGACCGAUGUAAAUUCUGACAUUUUCGUCCCAUUUUCCACAAAAUGUAAACAAAGUUUCUAGUUUUCAUUUACCCAAAAUUCACUCUAAAUUGGUCAAGUUUACCGCACAUUUUGGAGUCCGGUCAGUCAUCGAUAAUACUAAAUGUACUUCUAUAGAGCUCAUAUUCUUACACAUUUUAUUAAACUUUGUAUGACAUUUUCUUUAUCAUUAUUGAGUCCGGACCUUUGCUUUGGUUCUUCUAAACAUUCUGGUCUUGAUAAGUAAAAACUAAACCUGACAGGCUUUUCGUAAUCUCAUUAACCAGAGAGUGACCUACAAAAUUCAUAUCCUACAGUCGCUACGAUGUAUGACAAUGGUUAUUUUGUAUCUUACCGUUUCUAUUUAAAUAUAUUAUUGUACUAAAGAGAAACCUAUUCUUCUUAAUCAUAGUCCAGUCGGAAAUUUGGACUAAUUGUCCUUUCUUAUGAACGUUUAUCAUAUAACGUAUCAAUGUGCAUCACCCAUCGAUCAACAUUCUAUUUAAUUGAUUUUAAUAAUCCUCAGGCUGUGCAUCAUUCGUUACAACAUAAUCCAUGACACAAACUGGAGUUUAUCCAGUCGAAAUAAUGUAUGACUGUUUCAUAUUUAUGUACCUGAAUGAUUGUUUUAACUGUAUUCAUGACAAACAUUUACCUCAAUUUUCGUGCUGAUUUGGAAAAACCCGGUUAUGUUUUUAUGAAUACUUGUUUUCGUUACAUAGUUUCCCAGCUCUUUAUUGAAUUAAAAUAAAUACAGAUAUUUAUUCUGAACAGUUUACCACUAACGUCAAAUGUCGUUGUUAACUUCUAAUCUGUAAAUUUUUGUUUCUCAGAAAAAGUUACCAUAUCCUCAGCUCAAAAUGUUAAAUAUUGUGAGUUAUUUACCUCAAAAGUACAGCGACAAUAUUCUUGUUACUCAUAAUAAUCAUGAUAUGAUAUAUGAAAUCAGAGGAUUUCAAUUGCAUUCACUUCAUUUACCAUCAAUGCAAACAAAUAAUCACAAUAAAAAGAUACCUAUUGAAACAAAUUUUGUGGAUAUCGACUAUUCACCUGGAAUAAGUUCGCUACUAUGUUGUUCUGAUAAAGGUGUCCAGAUUUGGGAUAUGAGGGAUAACACUCCACAGCCCGCUAUCCAGUCUUAUAAACAAUUUCUGAAUGUACCUUUCACUUGUUGUUCUAUCAGUGCAGAUGGCAGUCUAAUUUGUUGUGGUACAGAAGUUUACAGAUUGAAAAAGAAACGUCGAAAACUUAACUCUAAAAAUACUAGUGAAUGCGAUGCAGAAACAGCUCAGUUAGUUUAUUGGGACACACGAAAUCUAUCAUCUCCAUUGAGCACUAUUAAAGAUUUACAUUCAGAUGAUAUCGUUGAUGUAAAAUUCGAUCCUACUUCUGUUCCCGGUUAUUUACGUUUAAUGGAUUGUUCUGAAGAUGGCGUAAUAUGCUUGUAUGAUAUGAAUGCAGAGGCAAUUUCGCAAGACAAUUCUCUUUUAUAUAUGUUCAAUUCAGAAUCAGUGGCUAGUUCAUGUGGUUGGUUAAUAUCACAUAAUGAUCUAUCUUGUAGUUCCACUGCAGUUGGCGUCUAUUGUACAACUACAAUGCGAUCAAAUAUUAAGGCAUGGCCAAUACAUCCAUCUAUGUUACAUAGUAAUAAUAUCGUUGAAGAAGAAAACUCCAAGGAAGACAAAGAAGCAUUCACUUUAUCUGAAAAAGAUGAAAAAGAACUAACUGAGAAAACACGACUAUGGAAUUCUAAAUUUAACAUGAAUAAUCAUAAUAAUGACGAUUAUGAUAAUGAGAUUUUAAAAGGUAAAAACUUUUUCAACAUGAUUCUAAUUCAAACUAAUUCAUCUGAUGAAUUUCUACUACUCGGUGACAGUAAUACCAAUGAUAAUAAUAAUCAAAAUUCUCCAACAGUUUUUCAUUCAAAUCAUCAAUCAAAUUGGACUAUGUCUUGUUUGCCAUCAAAUAUUACUAUGAAAAACUCUCAAUCAAUUAAUAGUAGUUUUAAAUUACAAUAUGCCGAUUUUCUAGGCAAACUAACCGAUAGUCAUAGUGAAGAUAAUGCUAUGAAACAAUUAUGCUUUAUGGUUGGUUCACAAUCGACUGUUCUAUGCUUUUAUGAAAUAUCAUUAUCAACUUGAAUAUAAUCCAAAUGAUAAUUAGGUAUAAAUAAUUAGGUAUGUUUUUCCUUAUUGUUGUUCCGUUGAAAACCGAUAUGUACAGAUUCACUUUCUACUUUUAUAUUGGAUUGUGAUAAAUUUAUGUUGUAUUGGAGGGCAAUUAUUUUUGUAUACUGUAAAGUUUCCCUCUUUAUCUCUUAUGUAAUUCUAUAUCGCUGAAUUGGAAAAAUAUAUAUUGACUUCUUAAUUAU